AUGGUUGCUGUUUGCGGUGGUCUAGGGAGGAAGAAGUUGACACACCUGGUAACGGCUGCUGUCAGCCUUACACAUCCUGGGACUCCCAUGGUGCUUUCCAGAAGGGGUUAUUCACAAUAUAAACAGGUAUCCAGCAUUGAGGACCUGCCCAGCACGUUACAGGUCUUUGUGGGAAGAAACAGAAAGAAAUCACAAAAGCAAUUAAGAGAGCUCAAAUAAUGGGGUUUAUGCCAGUUACAUACAAAGAUCCUGCAUAUCUCAAGGACCCUAAAGUUUGUAACAUCAGAUAUCAGGAAUAAAUUCUAUCA